AAAAAAAAAAAAAAAAAAAAAAAAAAAACCAGCGAUGGUUUUGGAUUACAGUUACCUAUUAAAAACGAAAAAUCGGGUUGAUUAUCAGAAUAUGUGGUUUGGCCUAUAAAAUUAUCUACGUUAAUGAAUAAAUUAUGAUAAUAUUAUCUGCGUCUGGGUCUUUUUCUCACGGCAAGACAUUUUAGACGGCAAUUGUCGUCGUCGUCGUCGUUAGCCGUCCGAAUACAGAAGGUCUCGCCAAUGGAGGGACACUUACUCUACCCCAAAAUUGAACUCCAUGACCUUCUACCCAAUUUCUGUUCACUUUCCCAGGUUUCUCAGGACCUGAAGAAACACACAGCGAACAGUAGUUUGAAUAAAACAGUUGAUUUUGUGCAAAAUGAACAGAGACAGCUGGAAAAACAAGAAAAUGAUGCAAUUCAAACCAGAAAGGGGGAUAAUGUUCCUCAACAUGUUAAUGAUGAUGUAUCUCAGAAAAAGAAUGAUCUUUUCUAUUAUGAUACAUCUCUUUCUGAAGAAACCGGAGUCUGGGUACCUGUCACUGCUCCUUCCAUGUUGGAAAGGGAGCAUCAAGAGCGGAAUGGGGGUUUCAACGUGAACGCUGAACACUUCCCUGAUGGAGACAUGGGAUGUAAUCAGUUUCUUGGAGAGAAUAAGGAGCUCACCAUGUGGGAUGUGGUCAAUGAGAUGUUAGUAGCAGCUCGUGGAAAAGUAAGUGCUAUUACUUCUGGUGAUGUUCAUAGAUCUAUGAUUCCUUGGAUAUCAAACCAGCUUCUAGAGCAAGCUUGGAAAGAUAUGGCUCAUACACUUGCAGUGGCAAAUUUUGGGAACAUCAAGGAAAUUCUUGAGGCAGAGCCACCAAAGUGGUUGGCAGAUAGUGCUGCUUCAGCUUGCAUGCUGUGUAAUGUCCGCUUUCAUCCUAUUAUGUGCUCUAGGCAUCACUGCCGCUUUUGUGGAGGAAUUUUUUGUAAUGAAUGCUCUAAGGGAAGGUGUUUGUUGCCUACAAAGUUCCGCACUGCAAAUCCGCAGCGUGUCUGUGAUGUAUGUUGUGUGCGUCUUGAGUCUGCCCAAACUCACUUAAUGGAUGAAGUGAGUUGUGCUGCUCAGUUGCCAACAAAGGAUUUGACGGACCUUAGUACUUUGAGAUCAUGGCUAAAUUUUCCAUGGGGCCAAUCCAUGGAAUAUGAAAUUUAUAAGGCCACAAAUACUAUUCAGAGUUAUAAUAAGGUUGGAUCUCUGAAACCUGAAAACUCGAUACCAGACGCCAUUUUAAAACAAGCAAAAGGCCUUGCUAUUCUCACUAUUGCAAAGGUUGGUGUUAUGGUGACCUAUAAAGUUGGGAUAGGACUAGUAGUUGCUCGUAGGGAAGAUGGAUCAUGGUCUCCACCAUCAGCCAUUUCUUCUUUUGGUGUUGGUUGGGGAGCUCAGGCUGGAGGCGAACUGACAGAUUUCAUUAUUGUGCUGAGAACUAAAGGUGCUGUAAAAACAUUCAGUGGAGAUGUGCACUUCUCUGUUGGAGCAGGUCUGAGUGCCGCUGCAGGCAUUAUUGGGCGGGCUGCUGAGGCUGAUGUACAUGCUGGGGUUGGUGGUUGUGCUGCUUGCUAUACAUACAGCUGUUCUAAAGGUGCAUUUAUUGGGUGCUCACUAGAAGGAAGUCUACUAUCGACCCGAUCACAAGAAAACUCCAGGUUUUAUGGUAGUCAAUCCAUCAAUGCAUAUGAUAUUCUUCUUGGUUCAUUGCCAAGGCCUCCUGCAGCUGCUAUUCUUUAUCAUGCUCUCUCAAACCUAUUUGGGAAGUUUGAGAGAUAAUUAGCUAAAUUCUUACUUGAAAAUAAUAAUAAUAAUAAUGUUUUUUCAUAAUAUUAUUGGCGGGUCGGUUGAUCAA